AAAUAUACUCAGCAGCACCUAGAAAAAAAAUAAAAAAGAACAUAUUUUUCUCACCCUUUUCUCCGUAGCAUAAUACCAGAAACAAGCAUGGACACCUAAAAAAUUUCACUCUUAGGUCGAGGUUCGAAGUCGGAGUCAAAGUUGAGGUCAAUAUGAAUGAAUCUAUAUGACGAAAAUAUAUUUUAAUGGCUUAGUUUGAUAUAAAGCCCUAAUUGCAAGUAAAUAGAAUGGAGCAGAAGCUGUCUUCAGUAGCGAAAAGGCUAACAUCGUCACCCAUACAGCAACUCUCUUAUCUUGCGGAAAGAUGCAAUGCCAUCAACCUUGCUGAAGGUUUCCCUGAUUUCCCUGCACCUUCCUACCUCAAACAUGCUGCCAUUUCCGCUAUCUGCUCCGACUUCAAUCAGUACAGGCAUGUUCAAGGAAUAUGUGACUACCUGGCUAAUCAAGUCAAACAAAUGCAUGGCCUUCAUGUCGACCCCCUAACUGAUAUUGUCGUAUGCUGUGGUCAAUCUGAGGCUUUUGCUGCCGCAAUGUUUGCAAUAAUAAAUCAGGGUGAUGAAGUCAUCUUAUUCGAUCCAUCCUAUGAAACUUAUGAAACUUGCAUUACAUUGGCUGGUGGGGUCCCAGUGUAUGUAGCACUUGAUCCCCCUCAUUGGAGUCUGGAUUCUGAUAAACUAGCAAAGUCAUUUACUGGCAGGACAAAAGCUAUUGUCCUCAACAGCCCUCACAAUCCAACUGGAAAGGUUUUCACUAAGGAUGAGCUUGAGAUUAUUGCUGGAGCUUGCCGAACCUGGGAUAUUCUAGCUGUAACGGACGAGGUAUAUGAGCAUAUAACCUUUGAUGGGGAGAGGCACACAACAAUUGCCACAUUUCCAGGAAUGCAGAAGCGGACCAUCAUCACAUCUUCCUUGUCAAAAAGUUUUAGUGUGACUGGAUGGAGGAUUGGCUGGGCAAUUGGCCCGGCUUGCUUCGCAUCUGCAAUCAGGAACAUCCAUGUUAAAAUUACAGACUCUGCUCCUGCACCUUUCCAGGAAGCUGCCCUGACAGCUUUGAGAAGUUCCCCUGAGUACUUUGAUGCAUUGAGACAAGACUAUGAAUCAAAAAGAGAUUACUUGUCUCAGGUGCUUACAAAAAUUGGUUUCCAGGUCCCCUUCAAGCCUAAGGGUUCCUUUUUCCUAUUCAUGGAGCUUCCCCGGACAUGCACUCUUUCUGAUGUUGACUUUGUGGAGGGAUUGAUUAAACAAGCUGGGGUGGUGGCUGUACCAGGCCGUGUAUUCUUCCACACCGAUUCCUCAAAAGAGGACCUUUCUCCGACUGCUAUUAGCUACCACAGGAGGUAUAUCAGGUUUGCGUUCUGCAAAAGUGAGGAAACGUUAGCUGCUGCUUCUCAAAAGUUAACCGAGCUUAUCGAUGGUUCAAGGAGACUGGAGCUAUUUUAAAAAUUGAAUAGCUUUCAUUAGCCUUUCCAGUCCACGUCGAUGUGAAGUGGGCUUCAAGUUGAUUGACAUGCAACAGGAAAGAUAAGGGGAAAAUUUCAUAAAUGACUACAUUUUAAGGGUUAAAAAUCUGGAGUAGCAACAUUUUACUUAUUUACAGCUUGUAGCUACUUUUUUAUUUGCUGUAUUCAUUUUUUUUCACUGUAUUCAAUUUUUGUUUUCGCUGUAUUCAUGACUAAAAUAAUUUUUUUUCCCACUGUAUUCAUGAAAUAUUUAUCUGUAUUCAUAAA